ACUGCUGUGGAUGGUGGGGAUCCCCCCAAGUCUGGUACAGCCCAGAUCUCUGUGCGAGUUGUGGAUACCAAUGAUAACCCACCUGCCUUUGACCGCUCCACCUACACCGUGAGCCUUCUGGAGAAUGCCCCGCCUGGCACACUAGUGGUCAAACUCAAUGCCUCAGACCCUGAUGAGGGCUCCAAUGGGGAUGUGAUCUACUCCUUUGGCAGCUACACCCCACAGAAGGUGAGGCAGCUCUUUAGUGUAGACCCACACUCAGGGGAGGUGCGGGUUAAUGGUACCUUGGACUAUGAAGAGGCAUCAUCCUAUGAGAUCUAUGUGCAAGCCACUGAUCAGGGCCCUGUCUCUAUGGCUGGGCACUGCAAGGUGCUGGUCAACAUUGUGGAUGCCAAUGAUAAUGUUCCUGAGGUGGUCCUGACCUCCCUCUACAGCCCAGUGCCAGAGGAUGCAAAGGCCGGAACUGUGGUGGCCCUGAUGAGCGUCACUGACCAAGACUCGGGGCUGAACAAGCAGGUGAGCCUGCGUAUUCCCCCUGGCCUCCCCUUCACACUUAACUCUUUCAAGAACUCCUACACCUUAAUCACCCAGGGCAAACUGGACCAUGAGAAAGCAUCAGCCUACAACAUCACAGUUACUGCUACUGACUCUGGGAGCCCCCCUCUUUCCUCGCAGAAGGUGAUCCAUGUGGACAUCUCUGACAUCAACGACAAUCCUCCACGCUUUGAGGAACCUGUGUACUCAGUUUACAUCCCUGAGAACAACCCCCUUGGAGCCUUGCUGUGCACUAUCAAAGCCACUGACCCAGAUGUCGCCGAAAAUGCCUAUGUAUCGUAUUCCCUACUAGAUGGGGAGAUUGAAGGGCUACCUGUUGCCUCCUAUGUAUCCAUUAAAUCCGAUAGUGGCAACAUGUAUGCUGUCAGGUCCUUUGACUAUGAGACACUAAGGGAGUUCCAGGUGGUUGUCCAGGCUCAGGAUGCCGGGAUCCCACCCCUGAGCAGCACUGUCACUGUCUACAUCUAUGUGGUGGAUGAGAAUGACCAUGCUCCUCAGAUUCUGUAUCCUACCUCAACCAACACUUCAGCAGCCCUGGAGAUGAUUCCACGCUCGGCAUAUGCUGGAUAUUUGGUAACCAAAAUUAUAGCCAUUGAUGGGGACUCAGGACAAAAUGCCUGGUUGUUCUUUCACCUGGUGCAAACCUCAGAUCCAGGUUUGUUCAGGAUAGAGCUCCAUACUGGGGAGAUUAGGACUACUCGCAAACUAGGGGAGGACGUCACAUCUACUUUCAACCUGACGGUGGAGGUGAGAGACAAUGGAGAGCCACCGAUGUCUUCAUCAGUAUCCAUCACUGUUGCCGUGGUGGACAGAGUUUCCAAAAUCAUCCCUGAUACAAGAAGGCACAUUAAAAGUCCAACCAAUUACUCAGAGAUCACUCUUUAUCUCAUUAUCGCUUUGAGCGCCAUCUCCUUCGUUUUCCUUUUCACAAUCAUUGGGCUUACUGUUAUCAAGUGCUACAGAUACAGUCUGUAUGGGGACUCCUGCUGUGCAGGGUUCUGUGGGGUCAGAGAACGGUGCCCUGCUGAAUUGUACAAGCAGGCCAACAACAACAUCGAUGCUAGGUUGCCCCAGGGUUUAAAAGUACAACCCCAUUUCAUUGAAGUGAGGGGCAAUGGGUCUCUCACUAAGACCUACUGCUAUAAGGCGUGCCUAACGGCAGGAUCAGGAAGUGACACUUUUAUGUUUUACAAUACCUGUGGCCCAACAGGAACUACUGGCCCUUCUGCAGUGGUGACUGAGAGGCAUCUGACAGGACAGAGUGGGCAGAGUGCACAAAACCUGAUCAUACUUAAAAAUGACUCCAUUGCUCCUAACGAGGCAAAUGCUGGGACUUUCAGGGUCCAUUUGAGAGGAAUUAACGUGUGGGGUUAUGAUCUGAAAGAGGAAUCAUUUAUUCAUAUAGCUCUGUAUCAUUUAAACAGAGAAGAAAUUCUGAUAAGUU